UGUUUAGUUAUCACACUUGACGUGAUAACACUUGUUGCAGUGGAUGUCAUUUCUCCGGUUAGUGUAACAAACGGACGUUGAAUCAAUUUCAUUUUAAACUUCAAUUCAGUGAUAUUUUCGGAUAGUUUCACCUAUUUUGAUUUUCUUUUAAUCAUUUUGUAAUGAUUAUGGAAUAGAUUUUGUACUAGUUUAUUAGUUUCAUAGAAAUUUUGAUACCACAAACAAAAUGCCUUCUAAAUUGGAGCAAAUGCAACUGCAAUUCAGGCAGCGCCUCAAAGAGGAACGGAUGAUCAAAAUACACACGGAUAAUCAACAAAAGGCCCUAAGCAAAGUCCAGAAAUAUGAUGCAGUACACACCAGCACAGUCCAGACUGCGGUCACAGUACCGAAGCCCCAGCCUGCCAUAGUUCCUCCUCAGUCACAUCACUCUCCAAUCAAGAAAGGUAGUCCUGGAGUGGACAGAUCUCGACCCCUUCCACCAAUUUCCAAGGAACCAAGAAAUACUUCCAGUAAUCGCAGCAGUCCCACUGAAAAUGGCACAAGGAUAUCCAUGACAUCCAAUAGCAGAUCUAGAUCUGUGGAUUUAGAACAAAGGUAUGUAGCUUCAAGACAAUUACAAAACGGUUCUGUCAAGAUGCCACCAAACAAUGAGCUCAGCAAGCCAGUGAGUUUGUACUCGGAACCAGAGUACCAACCCGAAUCAUCACCUCCAAGAAUAGGUCUGAGUAAGCCGAUCAAUGUGGAUCCCGAGCCAGAUUACCAACAUGAGGCAUCGCCACCAAGGAUUGGCCUUACAAAGCCGGUCAAUAUAGAUCAUCAGCCAGUGUGCCAACCAGAAGCAUCACCACCAAGAAAUGGUCUCAGUAAGCCAGUCAAUGUGGAUCCCAAGCCCGUGUGCCAACCUGAAACAUCGCCACCAAGAAAUAGUCACAGCAAGCCGGUGAAUCCAGAACCUAAGAUAUCGUGCCAAUCAGUUACUACGCCUGAAAGGAAAUUGAACCAAGAUGUUAAGAGUAGACUAAAGCAGGCUGAAUUACAACGUUUAAAAGCCAAUGCGAAGGCACGCGAGGAAACGUCAAGCAGGAAUGGCACUAUUUCAAAAUCUUCCACUGAAUCCAGGAGAACUACUAGGAAUUCGCACCCAGUGGCCGCCGCGCCUUCCAGAACUAGACCUAGAGCCCAGCCUGCUGCUUCCACAACGAUGACGAGAAAACCGGCCGCCUCUCCCUCCAAGGCUAACACCCGAGCUGCACCCAGUGCCAACACUAGUAAGGAUUCGGCUCCGCGGAAACCUCCAGGUCCAGGGCAGGAGCAAUGUACCGUAUGCGGCCGGAACUUCAAUCAGGACCGUAUAGAGAAGCAUCGUUCCAUUUGUAAGAAGGUGUCCACGAAGAAAGUCAAGGUCUUCGAUGCCACCAAGAUGAGAGUCAAGGGCACAGAGGCAGAGCAGUUUGUUAAGAAAGGACUACCCAAAUCGGAUCCCAAACCUGCAAAGAAGUCUGACUGGCGUAAAAAGCACAACGAUUUCAUCGAAGCCAUCCGCCAAGCAAAGAUGGUCCAACAACACCUGGCAAAAGGUGGUAAGGUGAGUGACCUUCCACCCCCACCACCUUCCGACACAUCAGAUUACGUCCCUUGUCCCCACUGUGGCCGAAAAUUCAACGAGGCUGCUGCAGAAAGGCACAUUCCGAAGUGCAAGAACAUUUCCUGCAACAAGAAGAACCCGGUGCCAACCAGGAGAAGGUAGAUCUACUGAUCCACGCUUCCGUACCUUCAAAGUGUGUUUUUAACCUGGAAAUCUUUAACCACGACUUGCUUAGGAUAAAAUGGUGAAUGACUAGUGCUUCUGUGUUAAGGGCUAGGAUUGUCUAAGUCACUCAAAAAGUUAAGGUCAUUUCGCGCGUUUAAUUAUUGAGAUUAGCAAUAUAUUAUCCAUGGCAUUCUAACACAGGUGCCCAAUCAUGUAAGAGUUUACAGUUACUGCGAAACUGAUUAAACUACUCUCAUCAAGCUAGAGCUGUUUUACCUUUUAAAGAUCUUUGUAUUGUUCGUUGGUGUAGUUCUAAUUACUUGUGACGUAUCUUCUGAAAUAUUGUGAUAUUAUUGAAUUGUCUAAUAUGACGCCACAAUCAAUGUUGGGGUGUCCUGAAUUCUUAAUUAUGGCAUGGGUUUAAAAUUAUUAUAUUGUCUUUUACAUGCAAUUUCAUGGUUUUGUGAUUAUGUUAUUUAGUAAGAGUUUUUGAAGUUUUACUUAUGUAGACGUUGUAGAUCUUUGUCUGAGGAAUAUUUGUUGGUGGUGGUUAUAUUUUUGUCAAAAUGGUCGUUGAUUCGAAGCGGAUAUAAAUAUUUGCAUUGAGUUCUCGUACUAUUAUUCCGAAUUUAAUAAUUGUUUUGAGUGUGCGUGGGAAAUAUGGACUGGUUUACUAAUCAUGACUUUGUUAGAAUGUCGAAUUAUAUUGAAUAAAAAAUCCCGGUGGACUUUUCGACUUUCUUCUGAGAUAAUCAAAAACUACAUUAAAAAGGCUUAUCAAAGCUUUAUGUGUUAUUGAGCUGUGUGUAAAGUAACAAUUGUGCCUUAGUCGUGUGGUAACAGAUUGUUAAUACUGGAAGUUGAGUGUUUUUUCACAAAUGCUUUUUGUUCAUUGUUUAUUUGUUGAUUGCGACUUAUAGGUUAGUUUGAAUUUACUUUUUAAAACUCAUUUUAUGUUUAAUUUUUACUUGUUUUAGAUAUUUGCUAUUGUAAUGUCUGAAAUUUUGUCUGUGAUUGUUCCCUAUGAUGUUAAUUCUUUGUUAAUAACUCUAACCAUUUAAUAUAAAGGUAAUUAUAGAUUUUUUUUUAUAUUAUUGUGUCCCCAAACUUUUGUUAUAACAACUGCGACUUAUAAGAGGUUGCUAUAUGGAAUGAUCUUUAUAUGAAAUACAGUGAUGAUAAUAAACGAUUCAGUUAAUAGCGACUUUGACGAAAGUUCUUUAACCUGUUAACUGGAUAUGACGAAAUAUUUCAAUGCAAAACGAAUUGAAUAUAAGUUAAUUACCCGGUUAAUAGGUUAAGACGAGUCUCUUGCAUAAGAUUUUUUUUAAUGUCGAGUUUGUUAUAUUUGCUUUUUUAUGUAGUUAUUUUGCAUAUUUUAUGUAUCUUCUGAGCAUUUAAUGCCUGAUAUGUCUAUUAUUGACAGUCUUCGUGUGAUAUAUAGUUCUUGUGUCAAACCUUUUUUCAAGCAGGUGUUUUCUAGUGAACAUUAUUAAUAUAUUCUUCUUCUAUCCUAGAUUAAUUUAUAGAAUUAUAAAAGCUGUUGUCUUGCUUCGUAAAGGAUUUUAAUAAAUC